UGAUUAUGUGCUUGAUAUUAUCGCCGAGGUAUCUUUUUGUAUUUUUCUGCCGGGGAUGGGCCAGAUUAGGAAGGGCGGUACGAGGGUGGGACUUGGCGUUGGUGUUUUGAAACAUCAAAGAUGGACAGGGUUUUCGCGGAGGUCGCUCCUCGGAUAUCUCCACAACUACAGGUCGGGGAUCUUCCAAAAUCGAGAAGAUUGGUGCAUAUGGCUAGGUCUCUUCACCUUACAAUUUGUAUGGCAAUUUGGCCCGGGGUUGUGGUGUGAUAGGGGAGAACGGGGGAUAAUCCCACACAGGAGUUUCGAACAACGUCUGGUUCACGUUUGGCUGGAUAACUCCACCACCACACAGGGUAUGCGGUCGGCGAUGGGGUCAGAAUGCUCGUAUGAUCGAGGGCUUUUCGAUGAAUCUAUCGGCGGGUUCUUAUUCGAAAAAUCGAGCGAGUUCGUGGUGGAGCGGUUUUUGCAACUGCUCAUCUAUCUACAAUUAAUGAUAAAAUCUUUCAAAUAUGUGAUAUAAAGUGAACUCAGUUGAAAUAUGUAAUUGAUUUACUGUUUCAGUUUUAUAAGAUAAUAAAGACAGUCUCAAUCACUUAUACACUAAUACUACA